AUGCAACCUUCAGGCAGUGAUAAGCAGGGGUUGCCCAACUACCCUGGUAGACCUGUUUCUCCAUUUGCUGCUCCUCCUCCACGAAAUAUGACACCCUUUGCUUCCUCAGGACCCAUCGUUGGCCAAGAUACCUCUAAUGCUCCUCGCACUUCAUUGCCUUAUCAGCCAUCCAUGGCUACGCCUGGUCCUGGAGCAGCCUAUCCUCUGCAAAACAUGAUGGCCUAUGCACCUUCCAGACCAGUGGCUGCUUCAGAGGCAACUAUCUCUGGAGCUGUAUCCCCAGGUCAGAUUAGUGGUCCCUCUAGUCCUCUCCAGGCAUCAUCUUAUCCCUCAAAAACUACAGGGGCAUAUCCAAGAUUUCCACCUCCAUCAUUCCCCCCCGCUGCUCAGGUUCCGCAGGGAGGAUCAUUUGUAGGGGCACAAAUUCCACCUCCAAUUGGAACUCGUCCCCCGUCGGUUCCAAUGGGUCCUCCACUCAUACCCCCACCAACAUUGCCGUCCAAAUUCCCAUUGUCUGGACCUCCACAGACUCAUAUGCCUCCCUACUCAAACAUGCCUCCUAGAGGUAGCGUGCCUUUACAGCAAAUAGAGUCAUCAUUUGCAACUGCAAGACCUGGUCUGCAGCCACAUCUACAGCCAAGCCCCCUAGCCCAUGUUUCCACACCCCCAGUGCAUCCUCCCUUUCAUGCACACCAAGGAGGAUUUGCACCUCCUCCACCAGUCUCAGUCCCCCAAGGUGCUGGUGCAAGAGCACAGAUGCAGCAAUUUGGCUCAGCACCUCCUACUAGUGGAGCACUUCAAAAUUUGUUCGAGGAGUUCCAAUCAAUGUCCAUUGGGUCAACUCCAGGCUCCAUUGAUGCAGGGAUUGACUUAAAAUCAUUACCUAGGCCAUUAGAUAGUGAUGUAGAAUCAACUUCAGUUGCUGAUACACACCCUCUGAAUUGCCAUCCAAAAUACUUAAGGUUGACAACUCAUGCAAUUCCGAAUUCUCAAUCGUUACUCUCUAGAUGGCAUUUGCCCCUUGGUGCUGUUGUGCAUCCCCUUGCAGAAUCUCCCGAUGGGGUAAGUUACACUAUGCACACAGCAGUGGGUAGACAUUUCUUAAUGAUUAUUGUUUUUGUCAUAAGCUAAGCUUUGCCUUUUUGUGAGGUACAUAUGAUCAAGAACUUUACUUUCUUUUCAGGAACAAGUACCGAUCGUCAAUUUUGGAUCAGCAGGUGUCGUUCGUUGUAGAAGAUGCCGCACGUACAUUAAUCCAUAUGCAACGUUCACAGACAGUGGAAGAAAGUGGCGUUGUAACCUCUGUGCCUUGCUCAACGAUGGUAGGAUCUUAUAUUAAUUCUUUCUUCUUUUGAAUUUUUUUUGUGAAACGGUGGAAGGAACCAACAUUUCGAUCUCUGUUAAUUGCUCGAUGAUGGUUGGAUCUUAUGUUGAAUCUUAGAUUUUUAUUUUUAUGGUAACAUAUACUCAUGUUAUCAACACAAGGCAAUUGGUUGCACUAUUGACUUGGAUGGUCACAUGGACUGAUGGUUUUUUAUUUCAUUGGUUUGCGUGAGGUUAACCAUCGUUUAGCAUUUAGAAACCCCCCCAAUCAUCUUAUUUUGAGUUCAGAGCUUGUCACGAUGCACAACCUCUUCAGUUGUGCGCAGUGGUUAACUAACCUACCCCGCACACUAUCCUGACUAUUUUUAUGGGUGCAAUAAUGGACGCUGGCAUGUGCAGAUAUGGCGCUCUUCAAUCCUAGGUUCUGUGAACUGAGUAAAACCCGGUAUGUGCCUAGCACCGCAAAUUUCCUAGGGGGCUUCUGCUGGUCGGGUUGGGGAGAUAAAAGUCCACCCCUGGUUACCCAUUACUGUCCUUGGAGUCUUUCCAUUCACAAAACCUUCUUCAGUCUGGGCAAGAAUGAGAGGAGUUCCUUCUCAGUGACCUCUCUUGCAGUGUUUUGACGGAAUAUAAUUUGCGUCAAUAAAAUAUGAGAGAGAGUAAGAGUGUAAUAUAGGGAAAGAGGAGUAUUCUUCAGUAGGAGAAUGACAGAAAAAGAAGGGUAUUGAGAGAAAGGUGUUGUUGUCUCAUCUAGGCCGUCACUAGGAGUCACAGAGAGAGAGAGAGAGAGAGAGAGGUGGGAAUGUGGUGUGAUGGAGGAGGAUGAUGGUUUUGACAGAGCUCUGGAACCAUGGUGAUGUCCCUGUCCGCCUGCACAUCCAAGCACCUGCUUCUGGUUGACCUACUGGGAAUAAUGAUGUUAGACUCGUUGCUGCCAUGUCUGGUCGGGUUAUACGUAUACUGUGACUUUGACUUAAUGCACUGUAUUCACUUGAAGAUAUGCGGUGGCUUUGCGGAAAAAUAUUUUCUCAGAUGUAAUGGUAAUCCCACCGACAUCCUCAGCCAAUAUGGGUCUCCUUCUGAAGGAACCGCAUGGGAGGCUUGCUGUCACUCAGGAAGGGGCUUAAAUGUUCCUUAACUGCUGCAAGGUCCUGAGAUGUGGAACUGUUGGUUGCUCCCGCUGGUGAGGUGCUCACGUAUUUCUCAUGCAAUAACGAGUCACACUCUGCCAUUAUGGAUUAAUUUUAGGUCAAGGUACACUUUUCUUUGAAUCAUAUCGAGUUAGCAUAGGCAACAGGGUAUUGUAGAGGAGUUUGCAAACGGACAUAAACGAUGCUCAUCUUGGUUACCUACAAUAUUCUCUCUUGAACGUCUUAACAAGUACUCUAUUUAUAAUAUAAUAUAUAAAUUAUACGUGACUGAAAUAUGUUUUUAACCACCAAAAGUUAUGUACUAAAUUAGGGAUGUCAAUGAUAAUAUCUUGAAUGGGAAUAAGUUUUACCUGAUCUUUGAGCUGUUGUGUUAUAGACAUCAACAAAUAGCAUAGAACUAUGAUUAACAGGAGAAAACCAACACUGUUAUCAAUUCAUAAAGAAACUUUUUUCUCUCAAUAAAAUUACCUCUCAAUGUUCUGUCUGAAAGUUAUGAGACUUGUCAUAUCGAUAUCAAUGAUAGGUUUAAACUGUUUGAUAAUAUUUUACAAAGAAGGAGCUUUUAUUUUCAUUUUAUCGAUUUGCAAGCCUUUUCGUAAAUGUCAUUAGAAAAAUUAAUCUAUGAAGAAAUCGGCCAGGUGUACGAAAGAGUUACUUGCUUACCAUUAAGUUCUCAAGUAAGCUAGACUUUGCAACGCCAGCAUAUUUAUGAUCUAGGAAGCACGGUAGUAAGUCACUGCUUUACUCGCCUUAGUUGCCUCACCAUCUGUGGUGGUAAUUUAGAGUGGUAUUGACAUACUAUUUUCAAAUAAAUUGGCUGUCUGGACAAGUUUUAACGACUGGCAUUCUUAGUGUCAUUUGCAAAUAAUUUCUAUUGCCUGUGGGUGUAUAUCCGCAUGGAACUAAUUUUCUUUGGUCAUCAUGAGGAGAAGGAUAUUUUUUUAUUUGAUUUCGGUAGUCAUUACUUGAUUGGGAGCAGGAGAUAGCAUAAUUUUCUCUGUUUUCACUUCUCAAAGCAAAUGCCCUAUCUCUGUCUUUUAGACGUUCUAAGCGGUUUGAUCAUCCCUUGUAAACUUGACGACUAUGCAUGCAGGAAAAACAAUGUAAAGGGUGAAAAAUUGAGGAUUGCGAGACGAGUGAACUAAAAUGAGUUAAUUGUAUCAACUUUAUGUAAUUUAGCGAAUCACUUGGUUAGUGAGUAUCAAGACCUGCUCACCAGGAUUUCAUGACAUUGUAGUUUAAUUAUUCUUAUUUUUAAUCAGGAGAGAUGCUUUACACGUGUCUAGUUGAAAGAAUGGAACCGAUGUCAUUUUUUUGCGAGUUGUUCAUUUGUUCCCUUACAGAUUCAUUUACAGUCAAAAGUACUUUUAGACUCAUAUUCAUACAUCUCGUCCUGUGCUUUCAGUUCCACCAGAGUAUUUCUGUACCUUGGAUGUAAGCGGUAGGAGAUGUGAUUUGGACCAAAGACCGGAGCUUACAAAGGGAAGUAUAGAGAUUGUUGCCCCAACUGAGUAUAUGGUGCGGCCUCCAAUGCCGCCACUCUAUUUUUUUCUCAUAGACGUUUCAGCGUUUGCAGUUAGAAGUGGGAUGCUUGAGGUAAUCACGCAUACAUCUUUGAGGAAUAUGCCUCCUUUUUGUGCACAAGCUCCGUUGAUUUCGUUAUAUUUUUGGUCUAGAGCAUUCCCUGGUCUUGUGACAGUUUCCAUUGCUAUUGCUGAUUCGGUUUGGACAUCUUGCGGCAGAUUGUAGCUAAUACCAUCAAGUCUCGCUUGGAUGAGCUGCCUGGCUCUCCGAGGACGCAGAUUGGGUUCAUAACAUUUGACAGCACGUUGCAUUUUUAUAAUCUGAAGGUAUCUGUGCACUUUUAUCCCCAUGUUCUUAAUUAUUUGUCAGAGUUGAUCAUCUAAAUUUAUCUUCACAUUACCUUUGAAUGGGUAGGAUAUGAGUGCUUUACUGUUCUAUAAUGUUAAGCCCAUCCUUUUUUGAACCUGUUUCACAGAGUAUCUUAUUCUUGAUUGUAUGUUUUUCGCAGUCAUCUUUGACGCAGCCUCAAAUGAUGGUGGUAGCAGAUCUCGAUGAUAUAUUUGUUCCACUGCCGGAUGAUCUUCUUGUGAACUUAUCUGAGUCAAGAAAUGUUGUGGAUGCAUUUUUGGAUAGCUUGCAUACUAUGUUUCAAGAAAAUGUAAACGUAGAGUCUGCGCUUGGUCCAGCUCUCAGAGCAGCAUUCAUGGUUAUGGUAUGAUGGAGUACUAAAUAAGUAUUUAAUAUAUUCCUGAUGCAUUUGUAUUUUGUUUGUAGUUCUAGUUGGGGGCUUUCAGUUCAGAAUUUUUGAUUAGCUUAGAUGCUCUUUAAUUUUUUUCUUUUUUCUUAAUAGAGCCAACUCGGUGGGAAGUUGAUAGUUUUCCAGUCUACCUUACCUUCCCUUGGUGUUGGGCGCCUCAAGCUACGUGGAGAUGAUCUUCGCAUAUAUGGAACUGAUAGAGAACAUUUACUACGAAUACCCGAAGAUCCAUUUUACAAGCAAAUGGCAGCAGAGUUUACCAAGUACCAAAUAGGCGUUGAUAUUUAUGCUUCCAGCGACAAGUACUGCGAUGUAGCUUCCUUAGGUGCGGCUCCAUCCUUGUUUAUAGCAAGUAAGCCUUUUCUUGUUAACAGUUGCCAGAUUGACCUUAGUUUUUGAAAUUUGACAGGAAUUCUUUCCAAAUAUACUGGUGGUCAGUUAUACUAUUAUCCAUCUUUCCGUGGGGAAAUUCAUCAUGAAAAGCUUAGAUUUGAUUUGUCGCGGAAUCUUACUAGGGAGACUGCUUGGGAAGCUGUGAUGCGCGUUAGAUGCGGAAAAGGUAUGUGUUUAAUAUCCAACUCAAAUAUCUUACAUGACUUUUUUUUCUGAGUGAGAAUUAAUUUGAAUGCUCACAUUUUAUUCAUUUCAGGUGUGCGCUUCACUAGUUAUCAUGGGAACUUUAUGCUAAGGUCAACAGAUUUAUUGGCACUUCCAUCUGUGGACUGUGAUAAGGCCUUUGGAAUGCAAUUAUCACUGGAAGAUACAUUGAUGACAACCCAGACUGUUUAUUUCCAAGUUGCAUUGCUGUAUCCUUCACCAAAUUCUUGCAUAAGAGUUUGCUUACAUUUGCAUUAACUUAUUCUGUAUGAUUCCCUGCCAAUAUUAACUUCCUGUCCUAAGCCAUUUGCUUGCUUUCUGCGGGGUUCGCUCUUUGAAUGAAUGCAGGGUAAUUGGGCAGGACAUGGAGAACCCAUGCGUUUGGGCUUAUUUCUGUUCUUCCCCCAGUUCACUUUCUUUUGAAGUGGAAUGAUAUAGAUAAGAAAACAUGUUAGUGAAAAUCGUUGGGCAUAACUAAUAGGUUCACUGUUAAUUUUAUUUGUUUUUUCUAAUGUGGGUCUUUUUGAACCUUUGUUUUGGUAUCUCUCCAAUUCUUAAUUGUCUACUUGUGAUUUUCCAUUGAAUUGGAUAUGCUUCUGCCGUUCUGGAAGGUGGGAGAGGGGGGAGGGGAAUAUGCCAAAAAAAUAAUAUAAUUUAGAUAGUAAAAGAAGAUGUCGUCAUAUGCCAAAAAAUUAGUUUCUUCAAUAUCUUGCUGCCCCUUCUCAGAUGUAAAUUCCUGAACUAGAUAAGUUAAUAGUUAUCUCGCAUGCUUCGCAGCUUAGAGUUGAUCUUGAAUGAGUUUUUGAGAUAAAUUUCAGCUCAAAAUUCUGUUUAAACCUGUGCUUCCAGCGUAGAAGACUUGUCAGUUGUGGUCGUAUUGUUGCUUAGAACACUGAUUCCCCAACAGUUCAUUUAGUCUUCGUUAGAAGCUGAAGGAUCAACAAAGCAUUAGUUGCCGCUUAUUUGUUCUUAAAUUUCACCAGAACAUUUUUUUUAUAUUUCUGUAUAAACUCACAUCGCCAUUAUUUUUAUUGAAUAAAUCGCUAUAUAUAAUCCUCCUUAAUGAGAUGGCAGAUACACCUCCUCCUCCGGUGAAAGACGCAUCAGAGUCCACACCGCUGCAGCUCCUGUUGUGACUGAUCUUGGGGAGAUGUAUCGUCAGGCUGACAUCGGAGCCACCAUCUCUCUGAUGAGCAGACUCGGUGAGUUCUACAUUCGGAUGCAUCUCUUAUGACUUAAGAUCGCCCCCAAGUGCAGUAGCAGAGCUGACUUCAGUGAGCAUCCAUGUUUGCAGCAAUCGAGAAGAUGCUAUCCCAUAAGCUGGAAGAUGUUCGCCAGUCCAUACAAAUGAGGAUCACAAAGAGCCUCAAGGAGUAUCGUAACCUCUACGCCGUGCAGCAUCGCUUGGGUGGCAGGCUCAUAUACCCAGAAUCCUUGAAGCUCUUACCCUUAUACGGCUUGGCGCUAUGCAAGUCGGCUGCUCUUAGAGGAGGGUAUGCUGAUGUUCUGCUGGACGACCGCUGUUCUGCUGGCUACAACAUGAUGAUCUUGCCCAUAUCUCGGACACUCAAGCUUCUAUAUCCCACCUUGGUCAGGGCUGAUGAAACCCUGCUGAAGGUAUGGCCCCGUUGACUUUGUGUAAAAAUGCCAUUUUCAGGAAGUACGCGUGUGCUCAUAGAACAUUCAUCUUUAUUUUCAGAAGGAUAUUUCUCAGGCAAUGUCAACUUUCCUUUUUUCUGAACAUUUAUUUGAUGAACUUUAUUAUUUAUUUAUUUAUUUUUUGCAGGCAUCGCAGUUAAAGGAUCUCUCGGGUCCUUUCCCGUUGACCAAGGAUGUCUUGGACCCCAAUUGUCUCUACGUCCACGAUGAUGGUUCCCGCUUCGUCAUUUGGUUUGGGAGAAUGGUACCAUCUGAUAUUCUGACGAGCGUGCUGGGCUUUGACUUAUCCGGCUUCGUGGACUUCUCGAAGGUCUGAUCUACUUGGAGAAAUCAGUUCUAUUUAUGAAUAAUUUCCUGCAUUUAGAGAUCUGUGAAACCAUUCCGCAUUGUUCGUCGCAGGUUAAUCUCGUGGAGCAGGAGAAUCAGGUCUCCAGAAACCUAAUGGACCUUCUGGGGAGGCUGAGGGCGAAGGACCCCUCGUGCUACCAGCUGUGCCACGUCGUGAGACAGGGAGAACAGCCGAGGGAGGGCGCCCUCUUCCUCUCCAACCUCGUCGAGGACCAGAACGCCGGCAUAAGCAGCUACGGGGACUGGGUCCUGCACAUCUACCGGCAGACCCAGCAGAACCCUUGA